AUGCUACCAAAACUCUCCAAAACUUCGCAGCAUCCACGACUAUUCCAUUCCACCCAACACAAAUAUGCUCUGCGGCAGAAGCAGUUGCCGAAGAAACAAAAUGUGCCCCCGCGCAACCCGAUGCGACCGACAGCGGCAGGAGAUCCCAAGACACAGGCACCAGUACAGGCACGAGAGCAAAGAGAGGAGGGACCUAUAUCGCACGUUAAACGGAACGAGCUCGGUGUGCAGCUCUUAUCUCGCAAGCUGCACGAGCAGAUAUUCCGCAACGUCUCUUUCCCUGCGCCCAACAAAAAAUAUGUGGAGAUCGCCCAGGAGCAUCUCCGCAUGCAUGGUCUUGACCCGUCUCAAGGCGUCGUCCUGCCCGACACGUCUUUCGUCCUUCCGCCUCUGCAAGGCCGUACUCUCGACCAGCAUUUCUACAGCAUCGGUGCCAGCGCGGCGCAACCCUGGCUCAGGAUGGCGAACGAACUUGCGGGUGCGGAGUUGCCGCCGAGACCAGAGCAGUGGGAUAUCCAGGCAGGCUGGACCAAGUACGAAUAUUUCUCUGACGGCUCAAGCUGCAGUUCGCAUGUCGAGUUUCCCAUGCAUGAAGGUCGGCCGGAGCAGAUGCUCGUCUUCGACGUGGAGACCAUGCCGGAGUACAGUCCUUACGCAGUCAUGGCGUGUGCAGCGUCCAAAAAUGGGUGGUAUUCAUGGAUUUCACCGUGGCUAUUGGACCAGACGGAAGAAGUCAGGAACCUGAUACCUAUUGGCGAUUCCACGGUACCACGCGUAGUCGUGGGCCAUAAUGUCUCAUACGAUCGUGGCAGGAUACUGGAAGAAUAUAGUAUCGACCCUACUGGGACACGGUUUCUGGACACGAUGGCGCUUCAUGUCGCCAUCAAGGGAAUAUCGUCUCACCAGCGCCCUGCGUGGAACCAGUACCGCAAGUCGAGGGAGAAGGAACAGGAGCGGAAAGAAGAGGCGGUAGACGCUGUCAUGGAACUCAUGCGAGAAGGGGAAGAGAAGAUGCAAGAGGAGCAAGACUCCACGAAAAAGGAAGAGCUUCAGCGGCUACUCCAUGAAAUGGAGGAAAGCCUGCCCCUACUACAGGCAGUAGACUUUCUAGACACGGAAGAGGAGGAGAUCUCGACCAAGCGUUGGGAAGACCUUACAUCCGCUAAUUCGCUCGCGGACGUCGCCAAGCUGCAUUGCGGCAUUAUCAUGGACAAGGAGGCGCGUAACGACUUCAUGAAGUGUACUCCGGCCGAAAUAUUGGAGAACGUACAGGACUAUCUAAACUAUUGCUCCAACGACGUUGCUGUCACGCACGCCGUAUUCUCCAAGACCCUUCCUGCAUUUCUCACCGCAUGUCCCAGUCCGGUGUCCUUCGCCGGUAUCCUAACCAUGGGUUCAAGCUUACUGACCGUCAAUGAAGAGUGGGAAAAUUAUCUAGCAAAUGCCGAGCGGACAUACAAGGAGCUGGAGGACAAGGUCAAACAGCGUCUGCUGGAUCUCGCGCACGAAGCGAAGAACAUGAUGGAGGGCGAACGGUGGCGAGACGAUAUCUGGUUAAGUCAGUUGGACUGGACCCCGAAGGUCGCAGGAAAAUCGAGAGGCGUCCUCCCCGACGAAAGCGCCGCCACCGCGAGCCCUGCCGAGACCGCACCAGUAGAGCCGACGAUGUCGGAGAUUACAGAACUGGUUCACUCAGACCAUAUCCCAGCAUGGUAUCAGGAAUUGCUCACACUAGGUCCUCUCGAUAGAAUCGUUAUCAACCGCAUCCUGCCUUUGCUUUUGAAACUUUCCUUCGACGGCUACACACUACAUCGUUCCACCACCGAGGGAUGGCACUACGUGCGGGAUGGCCAGCCCAUGCGUUUGCCGACAGCAAAGUCGAAGGUGCUCACUGUUCUAGGAGGAUCGCAUGGCGUGCCGAAUUUGCAGUCCAACCGCUUGACGUCUAUCGAUAGGGACCUGGCGAUGAACAUCUCGACCGGCGACACCUCGUCUGAUGUCGCGAAGCGAGUCCUCGAUCUCGCGAAGCGGACAGCAGAACUGGAGCCAUCGCAGGCGGUGCAGGACUCUUGGCUGCAACAGCUCAACUGGAAAAUGAUGUCCCAUUCCCUUGAUCCCUCCGGUCAGCCUGCCGCCCCAAAGAAAGCGAAGUUAUCUACGAAGCCGAAGCCGAAGCCGAAGCCCCCACCCACGCUCUGGCCGAAAUGGUAUUGGGAUCUCGCAAGACCCAAAAAGGACGCUCUGCCCGGAAGCCUUGACUUGACCGUUCGUAACCGUCUUGCACCGUUGUUACUGCGACUUUCCUGGCAAGGCUGGCCGCUAGUUCACUCCCGUCAGCAUGGUUGGACGUUCCGUGUGCCCCUCAGCGAAGGCUUUGAGACCCGCACGAAAGCGCUGGAGUUUGCAGAUUCUGCGGACGGCACGCUGCACGAUGCGAGUGCGCGAGGAGAGUAUGUGUUCUACAAGCUGCCGCACAAAGACGGGGAUAAGGCGAACGUAGGAAACCCGCUGGGGAAGACGUUCAUCAAGUAUGCGCAGGACGGCACGCUCAGGAGUCCCGGCGACGAAGCGAAGGACGCGCUCGACAUGAACGCUCAGUGCAGCUACUGGAUCAGUGCACGAGACCGCGUGCUGAACCAGAUGGUUGUCUGGCAGGACGAGCGCGUCAACGUCGGCGUCGCGCAGCCUCAGGAUCCUUCGAAAAAGUGGGGCAUCAUCCUGCCUCAGGUCAUAACCAUGGGCGCCGUGACCCGCCGCGCGAUUGAGAAGACAUGGCUAACGGCCAGCAACGCCAAGGCGAACCGGGUGGGGUCCGAGCUCAAGGCGAUGGUGCGCGCGCCAGAGGGGUACGCGAUCGUGGGUGCCGACGUUGAUUCGGAGGAACUGUGGAUCUCCAGCGUCAUGGGCGAUGCACAGUUCGGCCUGCACGGCGCGACGGCGAUCGGAUGGAUGACACUCGAGGGCACCAAGGCGGCGGGGACCGAUCUGCAUUCCAAGACCGCGAGCAUCUUGGGCAUCUCGCGUGAUCAGGCCAAGGUGUUCAACUACUCGCGGAUCUACGGGGCGGGCAUGCGUCAUGCCCAGCUGUUGUUACUGCAGUCCAACGCUGGGAUGCUGCCCGAGCAGGCUCAGAAGCUCGCGCAAAACCUGUACGCGUCGACAAAGGGCAGGAACACGCACCGCCCCGACUUGUUCGGGCGCAAGUUCUGGUACGGUGGCUCAGAGAGCUUCGUGUUCAACAAGCUCGAAGAGAUCGCGCUGUCGGACCAGCCGCAAACUCCCGCACUCGGGUGUGGAAUUACGUACGCGCUGUCAAAGGAGUACCUGCCUGCUACCUUCGGCGCGGACUACAUGCCCUCGCGUAUCAACUGGGUGGUGCAGUCCUCCGGCGUGGACUAUCUGCAUCUCCUCAUUGUCGCAAUGGAGCAUCUCAUCACCAAAUACAACAUCCACGCGCGCUAUCUCAUUUCCGUGCACGAUGAAUUGCGCUACUUGGUGAAGGAGGAGGAUCGGUACAGAGCUGCGCUGGCACUGCAGAUUGCGAAUCUAUGGACUCGCAGCCUGUUUGCGUUCAGGUUGGGCAUGGACGACCUACCUCAGGGUGUUGCCUUCUUCUCCGCAGUGGAUAUCGACAAAGUGUUGCGUAAAGAGGUGGACAUGCCCUGUGUGACGCCAUCGCAGCCGGUCCCUAUUCCACCAGGCGAGAGCCUCGACAUCGCGAAAGUGCUGCAAAAGACGAACGGCGGUUCGCUGUGGCCGGACGGUGCGCCGAUGUCGGAGGACGACAAGAUUACCAGUGGGGGCAGUUUUGUCGACUAUCGCAAUCCGGACUGCUUGAAGUAUCGCGCAGACAGUGUCGCCUGGCUGCAGGCUCAGGCGACGUCGGACUUCGAGGAGAUCAAAAUUCUGGCUCAGCAGUAUACUGGCCAGAAGGGCAGAGGGGGGAAGAAAAGCAAAUUUACUAAUGCCAACGGGCUCAACCGCCUGAAGAAGGUGCGGGCUCUGGGUGAUGGGGAUGGUGUUGACUGGACGAACACCAUCGAGCAGUUGCUGAAGUCUCUGGAUAUUCAUCCGUGA